AUGAAUAUACCAAACGAUUAUCUUUGUCCAAUAACACUUGAAAUUAUGAACAUCCCUGUUAUACUAAUUGAAGAUGGACGUAGCUAUGAAAAGGCUUCAUUAGAACGUUGGCUGAUAAAUAAGAAUACAUCCCCAAUGACUAAUAAAGUAUUAAAAAGUAAGGAGUUCGUUAUAAAUAUUAGUUUAAAGAAUGCUAUCGAAGAAUUUCGCGAGAAACAGACAAAAGCGCAGCACUAUCAAGAAAUGUCAACAGCGUUAGAAAUUAAGACUGGAGCAUUACCGCAGAAGUUUAAAGAUAAAAAUUACUGUCAAUUACUUAUUAAAAUUUGCCUAUUAGGGGAUCGUUAUGUAGGUAAAACAUCAAUUCUCAAAUAUUUACAAUUUCAAGAUCAAAUUUCGAACAAGGUAUAUGCUGCGACCAUUGGGCCUGAUAUGAUAUCAUUACAUUUAAAUCGUUUAUUUAAAAAUUGUUAUGCUGUUUCCAUAGUUUUAUUUGAUUUGCCAGGUGAGCUAAAAUGGAAGGAUUUAUGGAAAAGUCAAUAUCAAUGUCAUGGUGCUAUACUUGUGUGUGACGUAACUAACCCUAAAACAUUACAAAACAUUGAAAAAAUAUGGUACCCUGCAUUAAAAGAAUACGGAUAUGAUAUAUUUGAAGGAGUAAUUCUUUGCAAUAAAUCUGAUUUAAUUGACGAUUUAACAGAUGAAAUAUAUAAAGAUGCAGAACAAUUUUCAAUAAGAAAUAACAUGUCCUUAUUUUAUACAUCGGCAAUUACAGGAAAAAAUGUACAGAUAAUGUUCAACCAAUUGGUGUUAUCCAUACUGAAUAAUAAUGUUUUAGUGAAUAGAUUAAAGGAAUCUGACAAUAUAGUGUUAACAUCAAAACAUAAAGAAGAACCAAGGAAAGAAAAGACUGGCGGAAAUUCAUGUUGUACUUCGCUUGAUAAUAUACAUUAA